GGCAACAGACCCCUCAUAUCACUCAGAGGUCUCCUCUCUUUCACCCAGCAACUUUAUCCUCCUUCUUUCUAUCCUGACGCCUUUUCUCUACCAAGCCAUGGAUGUCUUCUCUCCAUCCCAGCUCUACUACGACAGAGCUUGUGCUUCCUCUCCAGACAGCCUGGAGUUUGGCACCAGCAUGGAGCUCACAGGCUCCGAGGAGGACGAGCACGUCCGAGUGCCCGGUGCCCCUCACCAGCCUGGACACUGCCUCCAGUGGGCCUGCAAGGCCUGCAAACGCAAAUCCAGCUUUGUGGACCGCCGGCGGGCCGCCACCAUGCGGGAGCGCCGACGGCUGAAGAAAGUGAACCAUGCUUUUGAGGCUUUGAGGCGCUGCACCUCGGCCAACCCCAGCCAGCGCCUGCCCAAGGUGGAGAUCCUGCGCAACGCCAUCCAGUACAUUGAGAGCCUGCAGGAACUGCUGCGGGAGCAGGUGGAGAGCUUUUACGGCCUACCUGGAGAGAGCAGCUCCGAGCCAGGCAGCCCAUUGUCCAGCUGCUCUGACAGUAUGGCUGGAAGCAACAGUCCAGUGUGGCAACACCUGAAUGCAAACUACCGUAAUGGCUUUUCAUUUGCAAAGAAUGACGGUUUGGAUGACAAAGCCCUUGGCGCCUCCAGUUUGGAGUGUCUGUCUAGCAUCGUGGACCGCCUGUCUUCGGCAGAGUCUGGCUGUGGACCGGCCUCUCUGAGGGACCUGCCCACCUUCUCCCCCGGCAGCUCCGAGUCCCAGCCCAGUACGCCGGAGAGCCCGGGCUCCAGGCCCGUCUACCAUGUCCUGUGAAAGAAAACCCAUGCUUUGAUGUGGAUAGAUUGCUGCGGGGGCACGACGGUUUCUUCAGACACCAGCUGCUCUUGCAACAAAAUGAUAGUAAGAAGAAGUUUUUGUGCAAAGCGAAUAAGGACAGCAAAGUCUGAGGAGCCUUGGCAAAUAUCUUUCAUUCUUUGAAUGAUAUUUUGUAAAUAUGUAAUAUAACGCCAAUUUAUUCUACAUGAGCUUUUAUACCCAAUGUGACAUAUUUAAUGUAAUGCAUUACUCAGUUUUAAAAUAUUUAAAAUGUUAUGUUUUUUUCAGUCCAUGUUGUUGUGUUUAUUAAACUUUAUGUUUUAACGUU